AUCGGAAAUGUUUUUUAUCCACGUCUCAAAUGCAGUGAUACCAUGCUUUUUAAUUGCAAUUGUAAGAGGACUCAUUCGAAUUGCAACGAGCAGCUAGGGAUUCAGUUAUUUGUAGAACAUGGGGCCUAAUUUGUGAUAAAGCUUUAACCAACUUUUAAGGUAUUCUGAACUGUUUCUAUAUCUAUCAAUGUAUAACAAAGGUUCCUUUGCUUUCAUGGUUGUGAUCCCAUUGGGUCAUUUCACUUCUUGCACAGUUAAGCAAUUAUUUUAUAUUGGUCUUGGCAACAGUUGGUUUAUCAACACAUGCUCCUUAAUCCCAGCCCUAAUUUAAUAUCGUUACCCGCUACCAAAAUUGUGUAUAUAUUGUUGGCAAAAUAAUCUGAUUUGUAUUAAUUAUUGCCAUUAUGAGAAAGGAAGAUGCAAAAUGGAUGCCAGUUCAUGUAAUCUAAGUUGUUAUUUUUUGCAUAAAACCAGAGUCUGAACUAACUAGAUCUUCAUCACAAUUGGAGUAAUGGCUUUGGAUGCCCACAUUAAUCCAGGAAAAGAAGGAAGGAUGCUGACAAUUUUGCAUUUAUUAUAGCUUUCCUAAAUGUACAUUUUACUACCAGAUUAUACAUUAUGUAUCUGUUCAGAUUUCAGAAUUUUUCUAAAUUAAGACUGAUUAUGGGCAAUGUUUAGAUUAGAUUAAUAUUCCUUGUGGGCAAUUUACUAUAUGGUUUUAAGACCAAUACAUGGUUAUUAAUACACAUGUUAGAGAGACGAUCUCUUAUAGUCCAAGCUUUUUAAAUUCUGAAAUGCACCGAGAAAUCCAACAGUAACUACCCGGUUUCCAGCUGAAACAUUAUUCACUUUGCACACUACCCCAGUCAUAAUGACUUGUCAAGUCUAGUGUCUAGAGCCUAUAUGCUACGGAUACAUGCGCGCGUUGUCGUCGAAAAAUGACCAGGAUAAAAGUGCUAUGACGGACGUUUAAAGCUAUAUGCCGGGCCAGUUGAUGCACACUAUUAACUGGAAUACUACGAAAUACGCCAACUCGCAGUGUCACGAUAGACUCGUAUGGGAAUGAUUCAGCGAGUAAUUCUACGUUUCUGCUUUGCGUUCAAGUAGCUAGCAAGCUAGCUAGCCAACGCGUGCUACGACUUGCUAGCUGAAAGGCCGGGGUAAAGUGCAAAAAACAUGCUGUUAAGUGGGUACUGCCAAACUACUUAUUGAGCCACAAAUAGAAAGUAGCGACAAUGAAGGUCGACAGAAGCAAGUUAAAGAAAACCCCUACAGAGGCUCCUGCAGACUGCAGGACCCUUAUAGAGAAGCUCAAGGCAUGCAGUGAUGAGCAAUUGCUUGUGGAGCUUCAGCACAUUAAGACCUGGAAUAUUGGAAAGUGUGAGCUGUACCACUGGGUGGACCUACUGGACCGUUUCGAUGGAAUUCUAUGCGAUGCAGGCCAGACUGUGGAGAGCAUGUCAUGGCUGCUGGUGUGCGACCGGCCAGACAACGGGCACCUCAAGGCCCUGCUGCUGGCUGUGCUCAAUUUCACCGCCUUGCUCAUUGAGUACAGCUUCUCCAGACACCUCUACAGCUCCAUAGAGCACUUAACCACCUUAUUGGCGUCAUGUGACAUGCAAGUAGUCUUGUCUGUACUCAACCUGCUGUACGUGUUCAGCAAACGCUCCAACUACAUCACAAGAUUGGGGUCUGACAAGAGAACUCCUCUUUUGGCCCGCCUGCAACAUCUGGCAGAGAGUUGGGGUGGAAAGGAGAAUGGGUUUGGUUUGGCCGAAUGCUGCAGGGAUCUGCCCAUGUCGAAAUACCCACCCAGUGCCACAACACUGCACUUUGAGUUCUAUGCUGAACCAGGCCCUGAGGUCAAAGUAGAGAGAAAAACAAGCAGUAACACACUACACUAUAUUCACAUUGAGCAGCUUGACAAGAUUUCAGAGAGUCCGUCUGAGAUCAUGGAGUCACUGACAGUAAUGUACAACAUCCCAAAAGACAAGCAGACCCUUCUCUUCACACACAUUCGAUUGGCUCACGGCUUCUCUAAUCACAAGAAGAGGCUACAGGCUGUACAGGCCCGCCUGCAUGCCAUUUCUAUACUUGUGUACUCCAAUGCGCUCCAGGAGUCCGCCAACAGUAUACUGUACAAUGGCUUGAUAGAGGAACUGGUAGAUGUGCUGCAGAUUACAGACAAACAGCUUGUGGAUAUAAAAGCAGCAUCUUUGCGCACUUUAACUUCAAUUGUCCACCUGGAGAGGACCCCUAAGCUUUCCAACAUCAUCGACUGCACCGGGACGGCGUCUUACCAUGGCUUCCUGCCUGUGUUGGUGCGCAACUGUAUACAAGCAAUGAUUGACCCUCUGAUGGAACCCUACCCACAUCAGUUUGCCACUGCACUCUUCUCCUUCCUCUACCACCUGGCAAGCUACGAUGCCGGAGGCGAGGCACUCGUCUCCUGUGGUAUGAUGGAAGCACUACUCAAGGUGAUCAAGUUCCUUGGAGAUGAGCAGGACCAGAUCACCUUUGUGACCCGGGCGGUGCGAGUCGUGGACCUCAUCACCAACCUGGACAUGGCUGCCUUCCAGUCCCACACUGGCCUUACCAUCUUCAUCUCCAGACUGGAGCACGAGGUGGACCUGUCGAGGAAAGAGUGCCCUUUUGUCAUCAAGCCAAAGAUCCAGAGGCCGAGCACAGCUACUGAGUCUGAGGACAUGGACACAGACAUGGACAUGUCAGAAGUCUCUAUGGAGAGCAGCCCCGGCCCAUCCACAUCUUCUAGCUCUAGACCAGAAGUGGACCACCGAGUGCAGAGUGGCACAGCCAAUGCACCGCGUGCAGGUAUGCAGUGUAUCCCCCAGAGAGCAGCUCUGUUGAAGUCUAUGUUAAACUUCUUAAAGAAAGCCAUUCAAGACCCUGCAUUUUCUGAUGGUAUCCGCCAUGUAAUGGAUGGGUCAUUGCCUACCUCACUCAAGCACAUCAUCAGUAACGCAGAGUAUUAUGGCCCAUCACUCUUUUUACUGGCGACGGAGGUGGUGACGGUGUUUGUGUUCCAGGAGCCCUCCCUGCUCUCCUCCCUGCAGGAUAACGGCCUCACAGACGUCAUGCUGCAUGCGCUGCUCAUCAAGGACGUUCCCGCCACUCGGGAGGUGCUGGGCUCCCUCCCCAAUGUGUUCAGUGCCCUGUGCUUGAACGCGAGAGGCCUGCACUCCUUCGUUCAGUGCCAGCCGUUUGAGCGCCUCUUUAAGGUGCUGCUCUCCCCGGACUACCUACCCGCCAUGAGGCGGCGACGGAGCUCCGACCCACUGGGGGACACUGCCUCAAACCUCGGCAGUGCUGUGGAUGAGCUCAUGAGGCACCAGCCCACUCUCAAGACAGACGCCACUACUGCCAUCAUUAAGUUGUUGGAGGAGAUCUGUAACCUUGGCCGGGCGCCGGAGUACAUCUGCCAGAAGCCGUCCAUCCAGAAGGCGGACGGCACAGUGGCCGUGCCCCCUGCCCGGUCCAGCCAUGCUGCAGAGGAGGCCUCCAGUGAAGACGAGGAGGAGGAGGAGGCCCUCCACACCUUCAGCCAGCAGCAGGGGGAGCCAGAGAGCAACAGGCAGGUGGUUGGCACAGAGGAGAGAAUACCUAUUCCUCUCAUGGAUUACAUCCUGAAUGUGAUGAAGUUUGUGGAAUCCAUACUGAGCAACAACACCACCGACGACCACUGUCAGGAGUUUGUCAACCAGAAGGGCCUCUUGCCCCUGGUCUCCAUCCUGGGCCUGCCCAACCUGCCCAUAGACUUCCCCACCUCUGCUGCGUGCCAAGCCGUGGCCGGUGUCUGCAAGUCCAUCCUGACGCUCUCUCAUGAGCCUAAAGUGCUCCAGGAGGGGCUCUGCCAGCUGGACAGCAUCCUCACGGCCCUGGAGCCCCUGCACCGGCCCAUCGAGGUCCCCGGCGGCUCUGUGCUACUCCGAGAGCUGGCCAACGCCGGCCACGUCGCCGACGCCACCCUGUCGGCCCGCGCCACGCCUCUCCUGCACGCGCUCACCGCAGCGCACGCCUACAUCCUCAUGUUUGUCCACACCUGCAGAGUGGGACAGAGUGAAAUCAGAGCCAUCUCUGUGAACCAGUGGGGCUCCCAGCUUGGCCUGAGUGUCCUCAACAAGCUGAGCCAGCUGUACUGCUCUCUGGUCUGGGAAAGCACCGUCCUGUUGUCCCUCUGUACCCCCAACAGUCUACCACCUGGCUGUGAGUUUGGGCAGGCAGACAUGCAGAAACUUGUGCCCAAGGAGGAGAAGCCUUCUGGCAGCGCCACAGCGACCCCGGCGUCUGGCUCCAGGAGAACUGCUGAGUCUGAGGCAGUGGCUGUGGACUCGUCAGCCGGCGGUCUGCUGGAGGGCAUGGGUCUAGACGGGGACACGCUGGCUCCCAUGGAGACGGAUGAGCCCACCGCCACCGACCCCAAGGCCAAGUCCAAACUGACGCCAGCGAUGGCCACCCGGAUCAAGCAGAUCAAACCGCUGCUCUCGGCCUCAUCGCGUCUGGGCAGGGCUCUGGCUGAGCUGUUUGGGCUGCUCGUCAAGCUGUGUGUUGGCUCCCCUGUGCGCCAGCGUCGUUCCCAUCACGCCACCAGCACGGGCACGGCCCCGACGCCAGCGGCCCGUGCCACCGCCUCCUCCCUCACCAAGCUGCUCACCAAGGGCCUGAGCUGGCAGCCGCCACCCUACACCCCCACCCCCCGAUUCAGGCUGACCUUUUUCAUCUGCUCCGUGGGCUUCACGUCUCCCAUGCUGUUUGAUGAGAGAAAGUACCCAUACCACCUAAUGCUGCAGAAGUUCUUCUGUUCAGGCGGUCACGAUGCUCUGUUUGAGACCUUUAACUGGGCUCUGUCGAUGGGCGGUAAGGUGCCCGUCUCUGAAGGGCUGGAGCAUACUGAUCUGCCCGACGGCACUGGGGAGUUCCUGGACGCCUGGCUGAUGCUGGUGGAGAAGAUGGUGAACCCCAGCACCGUGCUGGACUCUCCUCACUCUCUGCCCGCCAAGGUCCCCGGGGUCACGCCCACGACGCCCCAGUUCAGCGCCCUGCGGUUCCUCAUCGUCACGCAGAAGGCUGCGUUCAGCUGCAUCCGCAGCCUGUGGAACCGGAAGCCCCUCAAGGUGUACGGAGGCCGCAUGGCCGAGUCCAUGUUGGCCAUCCUCUGCCACAUUCUGAGGGGAGAGCCGGUGAUCCAGGAGCGCCUGGGCAAGGAGCGGGAGGGCACGGCACGGCCAGAAGAGGAGGGGGCUCCCGCGGGGCCUCCGGCACCUACCGGGGCCCCCGGAGCUGCUCCGACCGCAGGAGAGGGCACCGCUGCCCCUGGGUCGGCCCCGGCUGCACCAGCCGCCGCCGGCUCAGCGGAGGACGCCACCAACUCGACCAACUCCACCCCUCGUCGGGAGCCCCAGGUCAACCAGGCGCAGCUCACGCAGCUGAUGGACAUGGGCUUCUCCAGAGAACAUGCCAUGGAGGCCCUGCUGAACACCACCACUAUGGAGCAGGCCACAGAGUACCUGCUCACUCACCCGCCCCCCCUUCUCAGCGGCGCUGUUCGGGACCUGACUAUGUCUGAAGAGGACCAGAUGAUGAGGGCCAUUGCCAUGUCACUAGGACAAGAGGUUAGCAUGGAGCAGCGCUCUGACUCUCCCGAGGAGGCGGCGAGGCGGCGCGAGGAGGACGACCGGCGGGCCCGGGAGCGGGCGGAGGAGGAGGAGGCCCGCUGUCUGGAGCGCUUCAUGGAGGCGGAGCCCCUGGACCCCCAGGAGCUGCACGCAUUCACGGACUCCAUGCUGCCCGGCUGCUUCCACCUGCUAGACGAGCUGCCCGACACGGUCUACCGCCUCUGCGACCUGCUGAUGACGGCCAUCAAGAGGAGCGGCCCCGAGUACCGAGACCUCAUCCUGGGCCAGGUGGUCCACCAGGUGUGGGAUGCGGCCCGUGUGCUGAUCAAAGCAGCGGAGCCCCUGACAACCAGUGACACCAAGACGGUGGCUGAGUGGACCAGGCAGAUGGCCACGCUGCCGCAGGCCUCCAAGCUGGCCACGCGCAUCCUGCUGCUCACGCUUCUCUUUGAGGAGCUAAAGCUGUUGUGCACCAGGGUGGUGGAGCGAAGUGGAAUUCUUGACUUGCUGAUUAAGCUGCUUGAGGUGGUGCAACCCUGUUUGCAGGCUGCCAAGGAGCAGAAGGACAUCCAGACCCCAAAAUGGAUUACCCCAGUUCUUUUGCUUAUUGACUUCUAUGAGAAGAUGGCCGUUUCUUCAAAGCGCAGAGCACAGAUGAACAAGUACCUGCAGCCUAACGGCAACAACUGGCGGUGGUUUGACGACCGCUCUGGCCGCUGGUGUAGCUACAGCGCGUCCAACAACAGCACCAUCGACUCAGCCUGGAGGGCCGGGGAGAGCAGUGUGCGCUUCACCGCCGGACGGCGACGCUACACCGUCCAGUUCAACACCAUGGUGCAGGUGAACGAAGAGACGGGCAACAGGAGGCCAGUGAUGCUCACCGUCCAGAGAGUUCCUCGGUUGCCCAAACCCUCCAAGACCGGGGGCGCGGCGGACUCGGAGAGAGAGGAGGGAGAGAAGACCAAGCCGGAGGAAACCCAGACUGAAGUUGGUCCCACAGCCCUCACAGCAGAACCGGGCGCAGCAGUGGAGAUGGCCGCCCCCAAAGAGGACACCAGUCCGCCGAAGGACGCGACGUCGACGGGACCCUCGGCCCCGCCGGCGGACCCGGACCCCGCCCAGGGCACGGACAUCGCCGUGGAGGGCCUGUCCGAGGACAUGACCACGGUGCUGAUCCGCGCCUGCGUCAGCAUGAUCAGCGUGCCGGUGGACCCCGACACCCUCCACGCAACGCUGCGCCUUUGUCUGCGCCUGACGCGCACGCACCACUACGCCAUGAUGUUCGCCGAGCUGAAGAGCACCCGCAUGAUCCUGGGGCUCACCCAGGUCUCCGGGUUCAACGGCUUCACCCCCCUCGUCACCCUGCUGUUCAGGCACAUCAUCGAGGACCCGGCCACACUGAGACACACCAUGGAGAAGGUGGUGCGGUCUGCCGUCACCAGCGGAGCGGGAAGCACCACCUCCGGGGUGGUGUCUGGCAGCCUGGGCUCCAGGGAGAUCAACUACAUCCUGCGUGUGCUGGGCCCUGCCUCGUGCCGCAACCCUGAGUGCUUCGCAGAGACGGCCAACAGCUGCAUCCGCAUCGCCCUGCCCGCACCGCGAGGCGCAGGCACCGUGUCUGAUGACGAGUUUGAGAACCUGCGCAUCAAAGGGCCCAAUGCCGUGCAGCUGGUGAAGACCACCCCCCUCAAGCUAUCCCCGCUGCCCACCAUCCCAGAGACCAUCAGGGAAGUCAUCUGCGACAUGCUCAACGCUCUGGCCGCCUACCAUGCACCUGAAGAGCCCGAGCGUCCAGAGGAGCGUGCUGCGGCGGCGGCGGCGGCGGCGGUGGUGGUGCCUGGGGGCCAGGACCUGUCCCAGAUCCUUCAGGAUGUCGGGGACGACGUGUACCAGCAGUACAGGCUCACCAGACAGGGCAGCGACUUUGACUCACAGUCUGCCUUCCACAUCAAUCCCCAGGUGUUCGCUGCAGAUGGAGCUGUGGCUGACUCUUCCCAGUCUGGCACACCCCAAGGCGAGGCCUCCACGCCGGAGGAGUUGCGUGAGGAGAAGAAGGAGCAGGAGGGAGAGAAGGGCGCCGGCACUGAGGAGAGCAAAGCGGCUAAGGCCAAGGCUAGCAAGCCUCUGAUGCCCACCUCCACCAUCCUCAGACUGCUGGCCGAGUUGGUGCGCUCCUACGUGGGUAUCGCCACACUCAUCGCCUCCUACAGCUACACGGCCGGACAGUCGGAGCUCAUCAAGGAGGACUGCAGCGUUCUUGCCUUCGUGUUGGACCACCUGCUGCCCCACACCCAAAACUCUGAGGACAAGGACACGCCCGCACUGGCUCGACUAUUCCUGGCCAGUCUGGCGGCCGCCGGCACCGGCACGGACGCGCAGGUUGCCCUGGUGAACGAGGUGAAGGCUGCCCUCAGCAGAGCCCUGGCUAUGGCGGAAGGAGCAGAGAAGCACGCCAGGCUCCAGGCAGUGAUGUGCAUCAUCAGCACCAUCAUGGAGUCCUGCCCCUCCACCUCCAGCUUCUACAGCACGGCCACUGCCAAGACGCAGCACAAUGGCAUGAACAACAUCAUCCGCCUCUUCCUCAAGAAGGGCCUGGUCAACGACCUAGCACGUGUGCCACACAGCCUCGACUUGUCUAGUCCCAACAUGGCAAACACAGUGAAUGCUGCCCUCAAGCCCCUGGAGACCCUCUCUCGUAUCGUGAACCAGCCCAGCAGUCUGUUCGGGGGCAAGGGAGGCUCCAGCAAAAACAAGGCUGAACACGACACCGUGGGCGCUGCCAGGGACAGCAACAGCAACACCACGGACCAAGGAGAGCCAGGUGAGGCGGAGCCCGUGGAGGGAAGCAGGGUGCCGGGAGCGGACAGUGACCUGAUGGACGGAGAGACGGAGGCGGACACGGUGGUGAUCGCUGGUCAGCCAGAGGUCCUCAGCACUCAGGCCAUGCAGGUGGAGAAUGAGUUGGUGGAUCUGAUUGAUGAGCUUCUGGAACGGGACGCUGUCACAGUAAACAGCACCAUUAUAGUAGGACGCAGUGGUGAAGACGAAUCACAGGAGGAUGUGUUGAUGGAUGAAGCUCCCUCGAAUAUUAGCCAGACUUCCACUCUCCAGGCAAAUCGGGAAGACUCCAUGAACAUCCUGGAACCAGAGGAUGAAGAGCACACACAGGAGGAAGAUUCUAGUGGCAGCAAUGAUGAUGAAGACAGCCAGGAUGAAGAGGAGGAGGAGGAAGAAGAGGAAGAGGAGGAGGACCAGGAUGACGAGGAAGGAGACGAGGACGACGAUGACGAAGGUUCGGAGAUGGAGUUGGACGAGGACUUCCCGGACAUCAAUGCGGCGCCUCACAUCCGCUUCGAGAGGUUCGACCGGGACGACGACCUCAUCAUCGAGUUCGACAACAUGUUCUCCACAACCGCUGACAUCCCUCCCUCCCCAGGCAACAUCCCCAGCUCCCACCCCCUGAUGGUGCGCCACGCCGACCACGGCUCGCUCACGCUGGGGGCCGCGGGCACCAGCAGCCGCCUGGCACAGGGCAUGGGCCGCAGCCAGCGCACGCUGCGCCAGCUCACCGCCAACGCCGGCCACACCAUCCACGUCCACUACCCCGGCAACCGCCAGCCCAACCCGCCCCUCAUCCUGCAGAGACUGCUGGGCCCCAGCGCAGCAGCGGACAUCCUGCAGCUCUCCAGCUCCCUGCCCCUGCAGUCCCGCGGCCGCGCCCGCCUCCUGGUGGGCAACGAGGACGUGCACAUCAUCGCCCGCUCGGACGACGAGCUGCUGGAUGACUUCUUCCACGAGCAGAGCAGCACCGGAGGACAGGCCGGCACUCUCUCCAGUAUCCCCACGGCCCUGACCAGGUGGACAGAUGAGUGCAAGGUGCUGGAUGCCGAGAGCAUGCACGACUGUGUAGCAGUGGUGAAGGUGCCAAUCCUGCAGCACCUGGAGAGCUUGCGAGAUGAGGAGCUGGAGGAGCGACGGGAGAAGAGGAGGAGGCAGCUGGCUGAGGAGGAGGAGGCCAAGCAGAGCGAGCGGAGGGCUUCGGGGGCGGAGGACAGCAGGGAGCAGAGCCUGCAGGUCAGCAGAUGGAGAGAGGGUCCUGGAUUGGGGGUGGUCAAUGGCGCAGAGAACACUGCAGAAGGUGAGCAGGCCCACGGUGCUCCUGGGUCCUGCCUGGAUCCCCCCAGGGUCUCUGAGGGCUUCCUCACAGCCCCUCCAUCAGGAGAGGUGACCCCCACCACCCCUGCUCCGCAUGAGCAGGCCCUAGUCUCCCUGGAGACUGCCAUCAGCCAACAGGUCCAUCAGCCUAUUGCUGACCUGCUGCUUGCGGAGUCGCACGCCAGCUCGCUGGCCGCCCUGGCCGUAGCAGAGGCCUCCCAAAUGGAAAUGUCCCCGGCCCCCACAAUCGGUGAGAGAGGAGGAAGUGGUGGUGGUGGAGGAGGUGGAGCAGUGGACGGAGGCAGGGAAGCCUCCCUCAGUCCAGAUAUUGCCGAGCCUGUUGCGGUGGGCGUGUCGCAGCUGGAGGGGUCGCCCAUGGAUACCAGCAGCCCUGCUUCCACCACGCUGGAGGAAGCCACUCCCAACCCCGCCCAGACCGCCCACCUCUCCCAGGAGCUGUCGGGCAGCGCUGGCAGUGCGGACAGCGGGCUGACCGACAGGCAGACGGACGCAGAGACUGGAUCCACCACUGUCUCGUCACCCGGGGAGACCAUGCCCCGGAGUGACAGCGCUGAUAGCCAAUCCCAG